UAAAUAUCAAUCGUGCUUUCCAGUUAAGUCGAAUUCCAACAUAGUAGUCCAUAUUUCUGUUUUAAAAAUUCAAAAUUCGUAACUCUUUUUGGAUGUGCAUUUGGAUGGGCACAAAUGUUCGAGAUAUAUGUAGUCCCACCCCACGGCAACAUUAACUCAGAUGUCAUAUGCACCUAUAGAAAAUAUUUGAGAGCUCUGUACCGGCUGCAUUGGAUGCACAGGCAACGCGGAUCAGUGCCGACAGCGAUCCACAAGAAGUCUCGCCUACCUGCAGGCGGAUCGCUGCACAGAUGUCCCGGCAACGAUGAUGUGCCAGGGCAGCACUCGAAUGCCACUCAACAUCUACCUGGUUGUGGAAGACGGCCCACAUGCAUCGUUUUCGAUGAAGUGGAUCCAAUCGCAGCGCAGGACAAUAGCUGUGCCCCGAAAAGCAGGCCAGCUUUUCAGCACAGGGAAACUCAGACCGAACCGAUCAAUAAUCUCCGACUAUUGUCGGACAAUUCGAAAAAGCGUAGAGUCACAAUCGUCGAAACUCAGCAGCCGGAGCCACGAGAGGUACUCGUCAAACAGCAGGAUCCUAAUGCGAGCAAUUUAAUUCGAUCCGACAUACUGCCGCACGAACGCAAUGAAAUCAAGAAACCUCUCUCUGAGUAUUAUUAUACCUCUGCGAGCAUCAACCGACCGAGUGAGGCAUCCGAGUCAACAUCAACCAACAGGCAGCCAAAUGCGCGCUCUGGCUAUAAAGUGAGAAACUUCAUUCAAACCCGAGACGAUUCACCUGACAGUAAACCUGAGCCGGUUGACUCCAAGCAAUUGGCAGUCAAAGCAGUUCGAUUGGAGGAUCGGAGCUUAUUCAAUUUGAAUAAGCAAAAUAUAGCAGAAGAUGAAAGAACCUAUUGGAAUCCAGAGAAACAUUUCAAGCAUCCAACCAUAGUUGUGACAUCUGAGAAAAAUGGAAAGGAACAAGAUGAAAGGGAUCACAGGUCAGCAAAGAUUGUCGUUAGCAACACGGACCACGGCGAGGUGGAGAAAUACUACAGCUGCGAGUCCAUACAGAAAAUGGAUAACCAACUAGGCAGAAUCAAACAUCAAGUUGACAGACUUGAGCUCGGAGUGAAUGAGCUGCAUACAAAUAUCGCAUUACUGAAAUCGAAGGCGUUGGGGCCAACCGAAGGGCAUGUAAGCUGCAAUCCGGAAGAAAAGAACUCAAAAGACUUGAUUGUACUAUUUAACGAAGGCUGUAGGAGUGCAUGCGGCCAGAGCGAAGCUGAUUGGAAGGUCUACAGGAUACCCAAGACAGGACUCGCUGCGAAGCCCUCUACUCACUGUCCGCAUAAUUUAACAGCUGAAAAAUCGAAUUAUCAUACUGCUGAUAGAUCGCUAGAUCCCAGGAUAUUCACGGAAUGUAAGCAGCACCAUGACGGAUGCUCAUUCCUCAUAAAGCCCUGCAAAACUCUACAAAAGACAUUCAGGCGCUGUGAUUGUAAAUGCACUGAGCCCCCAAUUCAGCUGCGUCGUCAGUCCUCGAACAUUUGUAAGAGCUGUUCGAACAGAGAGCAGCUGGUGGUCCAUGAUCUAGCCGGUGAGCUGAAAAAGUUGAUGGGGAAUCGAAGCCCCAAGGAUAUUCAGUUCGCUAUACUCCUCCGUGCUGACAAUGUCUAUCACAUCAGCGUGCAGCUGAAGGCGUCGCACCAAGUUCUCGGCUGUUUGCUGGCCACCAACACGGCCGUCCAUGAGGCCGUCAACAAGGGCUUCUUCGAUGACAUUCGCACCUAUUGUGCAGUCGAUGUGCGUAGCACUAUCACACCAAUUGGCCGUCCACUGGGCAUACCAUUUGAGCUUAUGCCGCACAGCAGUCCAAGGGAUAAGGCUGGAUCUGAGGCUGAAGAGACUAGCGAGUCUAUCUUCAAUCUGGACUCGCGCACACAAGAGUUCAUCACCAAAGUGCUGGGAGUGCCGGCCGAUAGAGUAGCUAUCAAUUUGAGCAGCAACAAAGAACCCUUUUCACGAUUGCUGAUUCAUAAGAACGUUGGCUAAGUAAGUUAAAUUACUCUGGGAAAUUUAUCAGAAUAAAAGCUUUAAAUUUGUUUGCAAAAAUA